AUGAAAGCUGCUGUGAUCGUGUGUGUCCUGGGGCUGGCGCUAGCUCAAGACAACAAUGUUCUGCAAAAGUUUAACGGUAGAUUCAGUUGGAACUUUGGAGAUCCUGGAACAGGCUCAAAUUCAAACUCAAAGGACGGGGGAACAAUCGGAACCGGAACUGGGACUGGGACUGGGACUGGGACCGGGACAGGGACUUCAACAAAUGUGUGUGUGGCAGACCAAGCAUCGUGUGGGUGCUGUCUCAUGCAUCAGAUGAUCGACAGGAUGAAGAGGAGCUUUAACCACAGCUUGACAGAACUCCAAGGAGAACUCGACAAAGCAAUGGACUUACUCAAGCAGUUCAGAUCUUCUCGCAAUGCCUUCUCUGUCGCCCUCUUCACCGACAACACAAAGAGAUGCUACGGUCCUUUCAGAGACGACACCCUGGUCCAGUACAAGCACAUCUUCCUCAACAUGGGAAACCACUACGACGACACCACCGGGAUCUUCACCGUCCCACGCACUGGGGUCUACAGCUUAUCCCUCACCGUCUACAGUGACGCCGGGGCCCCUGGGAACACCCUGGCCGCUUGCGCAACUCUCCAGGUGAACGGACGCAAGAUCACCGCCCCGAGAGAGGUGGGCAUGCAGGACUCCGAGGACAGCGCCAGCAACUCCAUCGUGAUCAAGCUGCAACUGGGAGACAAGGUGACCAUUAAUCUGCCCAUCGGCUGCUUCCUCUGCGAUGACAAGAACCACUACAAUACGUUCAGUGGGUUCCUGCUUUACAUGACUGAAUGA